GCAGCAUCACGCACAGCGACGGCAACACAACCAGGAACCCAGAAGAAAGAAGGAGCCUGAGUGUUGUUGUGUUGUUGUGUGUUGCUGUGUGUGAUGGGGGAGCUGCGGGUCCUGGAGCUGUACAGCGGCAUAGGAGGGAUGCAUUACGCUUUAAAGGAGAGCGGUUUACCUGCUCAGGUGGUGGCUGCUGUCGACAUAAACACCGUGGCCAAUAAAAUCUACAAGCACAACUUCCCUGACACAGCCCUCUGGAACAAGACCAUCGAGGGAAUUACGUUAGAUGACUUCAAUGAAUUAAAUUUUGAUUUGCUUUUGAUGAGCCCUCCCUGCCAGCCUUUCACCAGGAUAGGGAUACAGGGGGACGUUGCUGAUUCCAGAACAAAGAGCUUCCUCUACAUCCUCGAUCUCCUGCCCAGGCUGUGCCGGCCGCCGCGCUUCAUCCUGCUGGAGAAUGUGAAAGGCUUUGAGAGUUCGACUGCCAGGGAACGGCUGGUGAAAACCCUGACUGAAUGUGGGUACACUUUCCAAGAGAUCAUGGUCUCACCUACAGCUGUUGGGAUCCCAAAUUCAAGACUACGUUACUUCUUGAUUGCUAGAAUUCCAUCAGAAAACACGAGCACCCUGACACCUUCGAAGAUUGCCGACGUGUUCCCCGUUCCAGCUGAGACUGACUCCUUCACGUACCCUACGAUCCUCAGUCCUGCCUGUGAAGCUGCCAGCCGGCCAGCAGAGGAAGCACAGGAGGCUCCUUACCUGUACAAACUAGAGACGGCUCUGGAUGCCCAGAGGAAGAAGAGUCAGAACAGCUGUCUGUCUGUCGGGCAGAUCCAAGACUUUUUGGAACCACAGCUGGAAGUGAACCUGGAACAGUAUCUCCUUUCGUCUAAAGUGUUGCUGCGAUAUGGUCGUAUCUUGGACAUUGUCCGGCCUACGUGCAGGAGAUCUGUCUGCUUUACCAAAGGCUACGGUCGGUAUGUGCAGGGAACUGGGUCAGUGCUGCAGGGCUGCACUGAAACCGAGCUGGAAACCGUGUUCACGGAUCUGGACCAGUGCUCUGAAGAAGAGAAACUCCAACGCCUCUCAAAACUGAAGCUACGCUAUUUUACUCCCAGAGAAGUAGCCAACCUCAUGGGCUUCCCACAAACUUUCUGCUUCCCGGAGCAGAUUUCUACCAUUCAGCAAUACAGAGUUCUAGGAAACAGCCUCAAUGUCGUGGUUGUGGCCAGACUCCUACAGCUGCUGGUCUCCUAGCGCUGAACAUUGUGGAGCAGGAGAUCAUCUUAUUUUAUACAACCGAUUAACUGUCAAACACUUUUCUAAAUAUUCUGAAUAAAACGUUCCAACGUGA